AUGUGUGACGAAGAAAAAGAAGAGAGUGAGAUCCGAUGUAAUAUGAGUGGAGAGACAAAGACUAAGACAAAGCCAAAGACAAAGACAGUGAGGGAUGGUAUUACUGUGAGGCAAGGCAAGCUUUUGCUUAGGGUUGAAGAUGAACUUGCAUUUCUACUUGAAUGGAGUGAUGGUAUAAUAUUCCUUGACAAAUGCAGUGAUGAUAUAAUCCUUGGAGUUGUGGUUGCUUCAAAUGUCAGACUACAACGACCUCUUGCUGCAUCGUUUACUUAA